GUUGCUGUUCCUGACUUCUCUGACUUUGCUCCAUCAUCAUCUCCAUUCUUUCACUUCUGCUUUCCCAUAAUUGUUCUUCAUGACCUUACCCUUUUUUUUCUCCAUUUAUUAUUCUCUUUCACCUAAUCCAUAACAUAACUAGUAAAAACUUCAAAACAAACAUACCCUAUUGCUACUCCUACUCACUACUCCAAAUUUGUACCAUGUCCUUCAUGCAUUAUGCCACCAUUUUUCAACAUACUGCUCCCUUGUAAAGCAUCACUCAAUCAGCAUUAGCAGGCUUGUUUCAGUUUUUCUCUUAUAUAGAUUGGCUAAAGCACUCUGGUUUUACUCAGUCAUGACACCUUCAUACUCCAAACCGGAUUCCGAAAAUGAUUCAGAUAUCAGCAGCCAGGUAGCAUCAAACAUAUCGUCGCAUGAACCAUCUGCAGAUCCUUCCAGGGACUACAACACUACCCCAUCUUCCUCUCUGACAGAACUUUCUCGGCUUCAACAGGGACAAAUACCGGUUUCCCUCAAUUUAUCGCUUACCUUCAACGGUAGUGAAAUUGAGUUGAAAGGCACAGGCGAAAGUAGCAACGAAGCAGCUGAGCUUUCUCCAGCUACUGCGGGUGUCCCCCGAGUUUUCUCUUGCAAUUACUGCCGACGCAAGUUUUAUAGCUCACAAGCCCUCGGAGGCCACCAAAAUGCUCAUAAACGGGAACGAACAAUGGCAAAGCGUGCAAUGCGCAUGGGAAUAUUUUCCGAUCGGUAUACUAGCUUGGCAUCUCUUCCGCUUCAUGGCUCUGUUUAUCGGUCCCUUGGGAUCAAAGCUCAUUCCGCUAUGCAUCAGAAUAUCAUACCUUCAUCACAUAAGCCUCCUGAUCAUGCUAGAGGUGGAGUUAGGUUCGAGCAAGGUUAUUACGGGAUGCCGGUGUUCAUGGAAGAUGAUGAUAUGAGCUUACACUGGCCUGGAAGUUUUAGACAGGUAGGCGAAUCAGCCGGGGGCAGUAACUUCGGUUUAGAGUAUGCUCAAAGCCCUAAUACAAAUUUUGUAGGAAGGACUUCACAGCCAAGGACAGAGACCUCUGCACCAGAUCUUACACUGAAGCUGUGAAUUUUUUGUUAUUUUCAGUUGAAGCUGUGAAUAGUGAGAUAUAAAAUUGGCAAGGGCUGCAAGCUGUGGCACGGAAAUGCCGAAAUCGGAAAUGCCGAAAUCGAAACGUUAAAGUGGAAAAUGCUGAAUAGAAAAUCGGCAAAAUGACAUUUUUUACAAGAAUAAGUUAUAAAUAUUGAGUCUUAGGGUUUCAGAAGUGUUUCUGAAAACUAAAACGAAAUGCCGAUAUGUAAGAUUCGAGAAAUUUCCAUGCAAUGUAGCAUUUAGUUCUUCACUGUACCAGACUACACUAGCUAUUUCUGCAAUGUAUUCAUAUGAUGUUGAAUUGCUUAGGAAAUCAAUGAUACAAAGAGUUCAAAGCA